AUCGGUUUCCCUUCGUAGGGAGUUUCAUUCAAGCCUCGUGAUUUGUUGUGUGAAAUAAAACCGAUCGUCUUUAGUGCCGUUUGCACCCCAGUUGUUCCGUGUAAUCAAAGAAAUUGAGUGAAAAGACUACCAUCCGCGGAACGGGGGGAGUGAGAUUUACAACAAGUGUUCACUUUAUGGCAGCGGCUACUGCUACGUCGUGGUAGACUGUGGUUCAAUUUCAUUGAGGAUUAGUUUUGCUGUGUCAAGUGCCAAGAAAAUCUAUCACCGUGGCGUCGUCUAUAGAAGCAACCAGCAUGGAGACGGUCCGGGUGUUCAACCAGGAGCUAUCCGGGCUGUAUGAAUCGAAACCGCCGAUAUCGAAGGCCAAAAUGGCUUCGAUUACCCGGAGUGCUAUGAAGGCGAUCAAGUUCUACAAGCACGUUGUGCAGAGUGUGGAAAAGUUCAUUCAGAAGUGCAAAUGCGAGUACAAAAUUCCCGGCCUGUACGUGAUCGAUUCCAUUGUGCGACAGUCGCGUCAUCAGUUCGGGCCGGAGAAGGAUGUGUUUGCACCGCGGUUUGCACGCAACAUGGAAUCAACGUUUGCGCAUCUAUUCCGUUGCCCGCCGGAAGAUAAGAGUAAAAUAAUUCGUGUGUUGAACCUGUGGCAGAAGAACAUGGUAUUUUUGCCGGAAGUCAUCCAACCGCUGUUUGACCUUGCGAAUCCGGACCAUCCGAUCCACCAGCAGUACAAUGCGCAGGUGUUGCAGGAGCAAGGAGCAAAUGGGUUGAAUCCUAGUGGGUUGCCCCAUGACUCACCGGUCGGCGGUUCCAUAGGUGGUGGUAUGGACGAUCAUGGUGGCCAGUUACAGAUGGGUGAAACGAAGCAACUUGAUCCGUCCACCAUCCGACAGCUGCAACAAUUCCAGCAAAUUUUAAUGCGUCAAACGUCUGGCGACCAGGCUAGCACCGUAUCGAAGGAUCAGGUCAAGUUCAACAAGAAGCUGCUAGACUUCGACUACGGUAGUGAUGAUGAUGAUGAUAAGAAUUCACCAUCGGUACCCUUACCGGGGAACACCGGAAUGCCGGAUUUAUCCCAAAUGCCCGGUGGCAAUAUUGCGCAAAUUUUGUCCGACCCGAACGUGCUGAAGCAGCUGCAGAACCUGCAAAAGCUCAAGCAGCAGGAUGAGAAGCAAACCAAGCUGUCGGAGAUGCUGCUCAAGGAGGAAAAGUUUGAGAAACAUCUUGCCAGCGUGCUGAUGAAAUUACCGUUCGCCAACGAAUGUGACCUAAGCCGACAGCCACCGAUUGAUUUGAACGCCGGUCACGCGAAGGAUGUUGAUACUGACAACGAUGUGGCGAUAACAGGAGUUGAGAUCCUUGGAGAUCCGUUACCGGUUGGUGGCAGCCGUGGAGGCAUCGGACUGGGAGGUAGUAGUACCGCUGGUGGGAGCGGCAACAACGAUCGCUACAAAUCAUCAUCUUCAUCUUCGCGGCGUAAGAGCAGAUCACGGUCACCGCGCGAUCGUCGUGGAGGUGGCACCAGUGGACGUGGAGGUCGAGGACGUUCGCAUUCCCGUUCGCGAUCCGUAUCACCAAGAUCAUCACGAAGGCGAUCGUCCCGCGAUCGUGGCGGAACCUCAACGAAAGAUCGGGAACGGGAGAAGGAACACGAGAGGGAACGCAAAAGGAAAGGAUUGCCAGAAAUGAAGAAAGAGCACCUGAGUGUUUGCAGCACGACACUGUGGGUUGGCCAUCUCUCCAAACUGGUGCAGCAAGAGGAGCUAUCCGAUACAUUCGGUAAAUAUGGUGACAUCGUGAGCAUCGACAUGAUUCCUCCGCGAGGCUGUGCGUUUAUCGUGAUGAACCGGCGUCAGGAUGCAUUCAAGUCAAUGCAAAGCCUGAAGAAUCAUAAGAUGCACGGACGUACGAUCACGAUCUCCUGGGCCGCCGGCAAGGGCGUUAAAAGCAAGGAAUGGAAAGACUACUGGGAUUUGGAUCUUGGUGUUAGCUAUAUUCCCUGGUCGAAGCUAAGUCCCAACACGGAUCUUGAAUCGCUCGAGGAUGGUGGCAUGUUCGACGAGGACACAAUGCCCCAGUGGAUGAAGGAAAAAUCAUCCACUGGCGGAACAGUAGGUCUAGGUUCGGCAGCGGCAGUAGCAGCCGCUGCCAUGGGCCUCAGCUUGGCACCGGGCAUGAACUUGAAGAAGCUGGACGGGACCGAGUUAUCCACGGCGGCAGCAGCUGCUGCAGCUGCAGCGGCCGCUGGAAUGCUGAACCCAUCGCUAUUUCCGCUGAGUGCGGUUGAUACGAGCCAACCGCCACCAACCGCCAUGAUGGGAAUGGGAAUGCCACCCUUCCCAAUGGGUCCUGUUGCAAGAUUACCAAUACCGAUGGGAAUACCGAUGGGUGCUAAUAUGGUGCCUGGGUUAGGAAUGAACGUGCCUCCUCCCGGUAUGAUGCUAUCAGGCAAUGCACCACCGCUCCCAAUGGCAGGAUACGGUGUGCUACCUCCACCACCACCCUCGUCAAGUUCAUCUGCCACAGGCAUGAUGGGCAACGGUGCAGGAUCGUCGAACAUGAUGAGUUCCAACAUGAGCAAAUCAUCUGCGGAUGAUAUGGAUAUCGAGAUGGAGGACGAACACUCCUCUAAUCCUGCACCAAUGGUUGGUGGCGGUCAAAGUGCCAGUGCGUUCUUUAAUCAACCACCCCCACCUUUAAUGCCUCCGAGCGCGAACCUUCCACCGGGGCCACCGGGUAAUGUUGCCGGUUUCUUUGGUGGUUCAGCGGGUGCUGGAAGCAUGCAGGAUAACGGUGGUGGCCCAUUGGAUGUGGGUAGCGAUGAUGCGGAAGGAGAUCCCAGUAUGGGCGGUGGUCGUGGAGCAAGAGACUUCUUGCGAGCCAAUGAAGAUGGCAGAGAACAUCUUCGUGGUCGUGGAGGUGAUCGUAACCGGGAGCAACGCGAUCAACGUGGAGGAGGCGGCUUCGAUCGAGGAGUCGGUGGUGAUGGUGGUGGUGCAAGACGCGAUCGUGGUGAGCGCGGCAGUCGUUGGGGUGGUGGAGGUAACAAUUUCCGUGGUGGCGAUGGAGCAAACAAUCAGCAAGAUGAUCGCCCUCUUUCGGAACGGUUACGGGAGCUAGCCGGAGUUUUGGAGUUUAACAAUCAACAGCAACGCGCCGGUGGAGGUGUUGGUGUAGGUGGUCGUAACUUUGGACGUGGUGGAUAUGAUGGAGAUGGAGAAUUUGGCAAUCGCGAAGCAGACUUUUCGCGACGCGGUGGAAACUUCCAGCAGAAUCGAUUCAACAACAACAUUGCGGGUGGAAACGGCGACGGGGGCGGACGCAAUAUGGGCCGUAACGGGCCGUUCGGUAAUCAGCAACAGGGUGGUGGUGGGCGCGGUGGUAAUAGUGGUGGAAUGUUUGGCAAUCGAGCUGGUGGUGGAAGGAACAAUAAUCAGCAACAGCGUGGCGGUCAGUUCUUCAACGAUGAUCGUCAACAGGGUGCGUUCUUUGAUCGCGACGAAGGUAGCAAUGGAUACGAUUCAGGUGGUAAUAAUGGUAACAAUGGCAACAAUCGACGUAACUGGAAUGACCGUGCUGGAGGAGCACGUGGCAACAACAGCAACAAUAACCGUGACGAAGGUAACCGUGGACGAGGAAGACAACAAAACUGGCGUAGUGGUGAUGAAAGUGCUGGAAGUGGUGAUGGAGGUGGUGGUGGUCAGCGAUUCAAUAGCGCACGAGGUGGAAAUAAUAAUCGCAACCAGGGAGGAGGAAAUCGCCCAGGCGGGGUAGUCCGAUGGGACGAUGAUGACGAAUCUUGGGAUGACGCUAAUAAUAGAUCGACUACCGGACGACCGGCACAAUUCUCAUCCACUAGCCGUCAGCGGAGAAACUCCGAAGGAAAUGAGGAGCAAGACCAACAGCAGCACGAUCAAGAGGCUCGCCAAACCCGUCGAGAAGGCGGACAGUCGGAAACCGAAGAUAUGACGAUAUGCGAUGAUCAAUCGCGGCAAAGUGAGCACGAUUCGCACAAUGCGACGAAUAGACAAAGUGGUGAAGGUGAAAACACGGGCGAUCGUCGGUUCCAACGCAAUCACCAUCACCGAAACGAUGAUGCCGAUGACGAACGACCGCAGCCUAUUCUCUAUUCGCCGGAACCGGAAGAUGAGCCGGAACACACGAACAACAACAAUCAAUUUGCUGGUGAAGAUAACCAAACCUAUCGCGACGAACAAAACGUCAACGAAAACAUGGAACGAGAAUCCCAUUCUGACAAGGACGAAAAUAAUCACAGCCGGGCAAUUACGUCUGGUGAUGAACGUUCUCUCAAUAUGAACCACCCGCUGCAAGAAAACGCUGAAUUUCGUCGUGCUUCGGAAGAACAUUUCGAAGCCCAAGGGGAUGAUUCUGCUUCUGCCGUGGAGGUUAAUGUGAGAGAAGCAGCGAAAGAUUAUUCCCACAAUGAAAGAGAGGAAGAAAGCUAUCUGCCUGCUAAAAAUGAUCGAAAUGAGACAGUGCCGCCAAGUUCAUCAUCUCCACCUGUAGGCUCCUGCCAGGAACUUAAUGUUGAAUGCAAUGUUCAAUCAAACGACACCGAGGAGAACGAAACAACUCCCACUGAACCGGAUGCAUGUUGAAGCGCCAACAUGCAAAUGUGUGGUAAGGUCAAUGCACUUUUAUUGUAAAGUUAAAGCAACCGCAAUAUGAUUAAUCUAAGAGAUUGGCAGUGUAUACUGCUCUAGCCGAAUGAACCCGAGUGGUGGGGUAUAGAUAAGCCAAACAAAUUAUUGUAAAUUAACGAAGAAUUAGCGAACCUAUGUAGUCUGCUUAGAGAUGCGCUUGGUCGGAAGAAGCACGAUCAGAAAUGGUACAUAUGUCGGUAAUAGUACAUGUGUCAUAUGUUCAAACGAUUCUCUCCGCAAUCUGUGCUACGACAAACAGUUAAUUCCUAGUCGUAGUAGAACAUACCAUUCUUUUGCGAUGGGCAGAGUAUGACGAUCAUGAUGUAUUGUACCUAACAAUUUUACUUCUAUAUUUCUUCUUGGCCUUCAGUAAACUCCUGCCGAUUGUCCCAUCGCUCGUGCAGGCUAUUUGUUAGUAAUAUCCGUAUACUCAGUCUGUGCUAGAGGCGAAGAUUUCAUGGAUAUUUUUGUUCACCAAACCCACACUUAUCGUAUCGGCAUGUAAGCCCUAUCGGAUGACCCUUUGUAAUACAUGCAGAAGUGUCUUACGAUUAAUGAUUGUAGGGACGAAUCUUGCAAGCACCAUCACCAAUGAAGUCAAGUUUUAAUGUUUUGUGUUUUUAGUCAUGUUUUGUAGUUUUUUUUCCAACAUCGUUAGAAUAAUUGUGUUUGUAUAUUACAGCUAUAUCAUUGCGCUUUUCUAUUUUAUAAAUUUUUAAACCUCUUCAAUCAAUUUCAUCAUGCAGACAUCAGAUCGUGGGAAAAACUACCAAUAUUAGAACGGAAACGGUUCUAUAAUAGUACCCUAUCAUUGAUUUACAUGUUAUCGUUGUGUCCAAAACCACAAACAUCCCGCAGCGCACGGUCAGUCAGGUUGAAACCGCGAACGGAAGACGAGAUAUCGAAUUAAGCAUACCCUUGCCCGAAGGAAAAGCUCGGGCAGAUUAAUAAGAUGAUAAGUAGGUAAUAAAACAGUGUCCUAGAUUAUUUAUGUAGGUAUAAUUGGGUUGAAUCAAGUAAUAGACACAAGGAAACGCAAUGGAGACAAAGUAAGAAACAUUUUAAAUUAUACAGGUGGAAGAGAUACGCUCUGAAAAUUUGUGGCGACUUUUAAAUGCGUUGAAACGGUCUGGAUUAAUAAUCCCACACACAAGAUUGUACAUCGUAAUAUGUAGCAAGUAAACGAAACUAUGUCCAGUUUUGAAGUGAUUCGUUUUUCUUUCCCCUUUGAACCAGAUUCAGCAGAAUUGAGGCGCCCCUUAACUAGCUGGGAGCUUUGUACACUCGAAGGCUGACGAGAUCCGAUGAACAUAUUUGUAUUCAUAAUAGUGUGUAAUAAUAAAGCAAUGCAUACA